AUGAAUGUAUCAUCCCAUUCCCCCUCGCUCAUAACCUCACAAACAUCCUCAACAAUGCCUCUCUGGAUAAUCUACCACCCACCCAACACCUUCACCUCCCUCGCCGACAAAACUGCCCUCGCAAACGAAAUCACAAAACUCUACACCAUCGUCGGCCUGCCUAGAUUCUACGUAAACGUCCUCUUCCAGCCCAUCCAACCAGAUUCCUUCUUCAUCGGCGGCGUACCCCGUCCCUCUCCCAUGACUGACGCCAACAAGCCCGGCCGCGAUAGCUCAGUCCCCAUGAUACGGAUUAAGAUGGAGCAUCUUGCGAGGCAAUUGUACUUACUUACAUCCCUACCUAGUGUAUGUAUGACUCGUGGAUGCCCGGGCUGA